CAGCCAAUGGGAGGCGAGCGCGCGGACCACGUGAGGCGGCCAUCUUGAAAUCGUGUUGGCGUCGUCGCAGCUCUCCCGCGUGAAUGAGCGCGGACCGGAGCCAGCGUGACUGCCCUCAGCCUCUCGGAGUCUCCCCCACUGAGCGUGACUCCCCUCAGCCUCUCCCUCGGAGUCUCCCCCACUGAGCGUGACUCCCCUGAGUCUCCCCCACUGAGCGUGACUCCUUUCAGCCUGUCCCCCGGAGUCUCCCCCACUGAGCGUGACUCCCCUCAGCCUCUCGGAGUCUCUCCCACUGAGCGUGACUCCCCUCAGCCUCUCGGAGUCUCUUUCCCUGAGCGUGACUCCCCCGGAGUGUCCCCCACUGAGCCCCCCGCCUCCCCGCGGGUCUCACCGAGUCCCCCGAGUGCCUCUCCCCCGUGUCUCCCAGAGUCUCCGUUUCUCCUCUUCGUCUCCCGUCCCAGCUGAGGCAUGGCGGACGUUACUGCCCGCAGUCUCCAGUAUGAGUACAAAGCGAACUCGAACCUGGUGCUGCAAGCCGACCGCUCGCUGAUCGACCGCACACGGCGCGACGAGGCCACCGGGGAGGUGCUCUCCCUCGUGGGCAAGCUCACCGGCUCCCGCAUGGGCGACCGUGCCAUGCGCUCCAAGCCCGUGCUGCUCGAGGAGCGCAGAGCCAAGCGACGUAAGCGUGACGAGGACCGGCAUGACAUGAAGAAGAUGCGAGGCUACACGCUGCUGUCAGAUGGCAUCGACGAGAUGGUGGGCAUCGUGUAUAAACCGCGCACCAAGGAGACGCGCGACACCUACGAGGUGCUGCUCAGCUUCAUCCAGGCGGCGCUCGGGGACCAGCCGCGCGACAUCCUGUGCGGCGCUGCUGACGAGGUGCUCGCCGUGCUGAAGAGCGAGAAGCUGCGCGACAAGGAGCGGCGGCGCGACAUUGAGGGCCUGCUGGGGACCUUGGAGGACUCGCGCUACCACGUCCUCGUCAAUCUGGGCAAAAAGAUCUCUGACUACGGCGGGGAGACACACACACAGAACAUGGACGACAACAUUGACGAGACGUACGGAGUCAACGUGCAGUUUGAAUCGGAUGAGGAGGGUGGCGAUGAGGACGUAUAUGGGGAAGUGCGUGAGGAGGCCUCUGAUGAGGACAGCGAGGGAGUGGAGGCGGCUGAGGAGGCGACGCUGUCGGCCAAUCUCGGCGGAGCGGAAGACAUGCUCUCGGCCAAGAAGAAGGAGCUGCACCCGCGCCAGGUGGACGCCUUUUGGCUGCAGCGGCAGCUGUCGGCCUUCUACGACGACGCCAUAACCUCGCAGCGCAAGGCCGAUGAGGUCCUCCACAUCCUCAAGACGGCGAGUGACGACCGCGAGUGUGAGAAUCAGCUGGUUCUACUGCUCGGGUUCAACACCUUCGACUUCAUCCGCACGCUGAGGCAGCACCGCAUGAUGGUGCUGUACUGCACGCUGCUGGCGAGCGCUCAGAGCGAGCAGCAGAAGGAGGAGAUCAUCGGGAAGAUGGAGUCUGACUCGGAGCUGAGUGCUAUCCUGGCCGCGCUGCAUGAGACUGACAAGGCCGACCUCGUGCGCGAGGAGCGGACGCGCCGGGAGAGACAGAGGCAGUCACGUCUGGACACAGGGCUGGGCACGACGGAGAUGGAGCACGACUCGGAGACCCAGACGCCGCGCCAGUCGCUCGACCUGGAGUCGCUUACCUUCGCCCAGGGCAGCCACUUCAUGGCCAACAAGCGCUGUCAGCUGCCCGACGGCUCCUUCCGCAAGCAGCGGCGUGGCUGUGAGGAGGUGCAUGUGCCAGCACUCAAGCCCAAGCCGUUCGGACCCGACGAGCAACUGCUGCCUGUGGAGAAGCUGCCCAAGUAUGCGCAGGCGGCGUUCGAGGGCAUCAAGACCCUGAACCGCAUCCAGAGCAAACUUCACCGCGCCGCCCUGGAGUCAGACCAGAACCUACUGCUGUGCGCGCCCACGGGCGCCGGCAAAACGAACGUGGCGCUGCUGUGCAUGCUGCGCGAGAUCGGCAAGCACAUCAACAUGGACGGUACCAUUAACACGGACGACUUCAAGAUCAUCUACAUCGCGCCUAUGCGCUCGCUCGUGCAGGAAAUCGUCGGCAGCUUCUCCAAGCGCCUGUCAAGCUAUGGACUGAAGGUGGCGGAGUUGACCGGAGAUCAUCAGCUGUGCAAGGAGGAGAUCAACGCCACGCAGAUCAUUGUGUGCACUCCCGAGAAGUGGGACAUCAUCACCCGCAAGGGCGGCGAGCGGCCCUACACGCAGCUCGUGCGCCUCGUCAUCAUCGAUGAGAUCCACCUAUUGCACGACGAGCGUGGCCCUGUGCUGGAGGCGCUGGUGGCGCGCACGAUUCGCAGCGUGGAGAUGACGCAGGAGGACGCACGCCUCGUUGGCCUCAGUGCCACACUGCCCAACUAUGAGGACGUGGCGGCCUUCCUGCGCGUCGACCCCGCCAAGGGCCUCUUCUUCUUCGACAACAGUUUCCGGCCCGUGCCUCUGGAGCAGCAGUACGUGGGGGUGACAGAGAAGAAGGCGAUGAAACGGUUCCAAAUCAUGAACGAGAUCGUGUACGAGAAGGUGCUGGAGCACGCGGGCAAGAACCAGGUGCUGGUGUUUGUCCACUCGCGCAAGGAGACAGGGAAGACGGCGCGCGCCAUCCGGGAUAUGUGCCUGGAGAAGGACACGCUGGGCAACUUCCUGCGCGAGGGAUCGGCCUCCACGGAGGUCCUGCGCACAGAGGCCGAGCAGUGCAAGAAUCUGGAGCUGAAGGACCUUCUGCCCUACGGGUUUGCGAUCCACCACGCCGGCAUGUCCCGCGUCGACCGCACCCUCGUGGAGGACCUCUUCGCUGACAAGCACAUCCAGGUGCUGGUGUCGACGGCGACGCUGGCUUGGGGCGUAAACCUGCCGGCGCACACUGUGGUCAUCAAAGGCACCCAGGUGUACAGCCCUGAGAAGGGCCGCUGGACCGAGCUGGGGGCCCUCGACGUGCUACAGAUGCUGGGCCGUGCGGGGCGUCCUCAGUACGACACCAAGGGAGAGGGGAUCCUCAUCACAUCGCACUCGGAGCUGCAGUACUACCUGUCGCUGCUCAACCAGCAGCUGCCCAUCGAGAGCCAGCUCGUGUCCAAGCUGCCUGACAUGCUCAACGCCGAGGUGGUGCUGGGCAACGUGCAGAACACCAAGGAUGCGGUGAACUGGCUGAGCUACACAUAUCUAUACGUGCGCAUGCUGCGCUCGCCUGCGCUGUACGGCGUGAGUGCCGAUGCGCUGCGCUCGGACCCCGCGCUCGAGGCGCGGCGUCUCGACCUCGUGCACACAGCAGCGCUCGUGCUAGACAAAACCAACCUGGUGAAGUACGACAAGAAGACGGGCCACCUGCAGGCCACGGAUCUGGGCCGCAUCGCCUCACACUACUACUGCACGCACGAGAGCAUGGCCACCUACAACCAGUUGCUGAAGCCCACGCUGAGCGAGAUCGAGCUCUUCCGUGUCUUUUCCCUCUCCUCCGAGUUCCGGCACAUCAACGUGCGCGAGGAGGAGAAGCUGGAGUUGCAGAAGCUCCUGGAGAGAGUUCCCAUCCCAGUGAAAGAGAGCAUCGAGGAGCCCAGCGCCAAGAUCAAUGUGCUGCUGCAGGCGUACAUCUCGCAGCUGAAGCUGGAGGGAUUUGCCCUGAUGGCAGACAUGGUGUACGUCACACAGUCUGCAGGAAGACUGAUGCGCUGCCUGUUUGAGAUGGUUCUGCACCGCGGCUGGGCCCAGCUCACGGACAAAGUGCUCAGCCUCUGCAAGAUGAUCGACAAACGCAUGUGGCAGUCGAUGAGCCCCCUGCGCCAGUUCAGGAAAAUCCCAGAGGAAGUCGUCAAGAAGAUCGAAAAGAAGAACUUCCCCUGGGAGCGCUUCUACGACCUCAAUCACAACGAGAUCGGUGAGUUGAUCCGCAUGCCCAAGAUGGGGAAGACGAUCCACAAGUAUGUCCACCAGUUUCCGCGGCUCGAGUUGUCCACCCACAUCCAGCCCAUCACCCGCUCGACGCUGCGUGUGGAGCUCACCAUCACGCCGGACUUCCAGUGGGACGACAAGGUGCACGGGCAGAGCGAGGCGUUUUGGAUCCUAGUGGAGGACGUGGACUCGGAGGUGGUGUUGCACCACGAGUACUUCCUGCUUAAGGCCAAGUUCUGCGAAGACGAGCACCUCGUCUCCUUCUUUGUGCCCGUUUUUGAGCCGCUGCCACCACAGUACUUCAUCCGCGUGCUGUCCGACCGAUGGAUCAUGUCAGAGACGCAGCUGGCCGUCUCGUUCCGGCACCUGCUGCUCCCGGAGAAGUACCCUCCCCCCACCGAGCUGCUGGAUCUGCAGCCGUUGCCCGUGUCAGCGCUGCGCAGCCCCCAGUAUGAGCGCCUCUACCAGAGCGCGUUCCCCUUCUUCAACCCCAUCCAGACACAGGUGUUCAACGCCGUGUACAACAGCGACGACAAUGUCUUCAUCGGUGCGCCGGCCGGCAGCGGCAAAACUAUCUGUGCGGAAUUCGCCAUCCUACGGCUGUUCAUGCACAACCCGGAGGGGCGCUGCGUGUACGUCACCCCACUGGAGGCCCUGGCGCAGCAGGUGUACAGCGAGUGGGUCGACCGUUUCCAAGGAGCAUUGGGGCGCCGCGUCGUUCUGCUCACAGGCGAGACGGCUGCGGACCUAAAGCUGCUGGCGCGGGGCCAGGUGAUCGUAAGCACGCCUGAGCACUGGGACGUGCUCUCCCGGCGCUGGAAGCAGCGCAAGGGAGUGCAGGGGAUCAACCUCUUCAUCGUCGACGAGACGCACCUCAUCGGCGCUCACAACGGGCCCGUGCUGGAGGUGAUCUGCUCGCGGAUGCGCUACAUCUCGUCCCAGAUCGAGCGUCCGAUCCGCGUGGUGGCGCUCAGUGCGUCGCUUUCCAACGCCAAGGACGUGGCCCAGUGGCUCGGCUGCUCGGCCACCGGCACCUUCAACUUCCACCCAAAUGUCCGCCCCGUGCCCCUCGAGCUACACAUCCAGGGGUUCAAUAUCAGCCACACGCAGACGCGGCUGAUGGCGAUGGGGCGGCCCGCGUACCAUGCCAUCCUCAAGCACUCCCCGCAUAAACCCGCGCUCGUAUUCGUGCCCUCGCGCAAGCAGACGCGCCUCACCGCCAUCGACAUCCUCACCUACUGCGCCGCCGAGAUCCAGCCGCACCGCUUCCUGCACUGUGCCGAGGAGGACCUGGCCCCAUUCCUGGAGCAACUGUCGGAUAGCACGCUGCGCGAGACGCUUGCCAACGGCGUAGGCUACCUGCACGAGGGGCUCACGGAGACAGAGCGGCGCACCGUGGAGCAGCUCUUCCACUCGGGGGCGGUGCAGGUGGUGGUGGCGUCGCGCUCGCUCUGCUGGGGGAUGAAGGUGGCGGCGCACCUCGUGGUCGUCAUGGAUACGCAGCACUACAACGGCAAGAUCCACGCCUACGUGGACUACCCAAUAUUCGACGUGCUGCAGAUGGUCGGCCGCGCCAACCGCCCCCUCGUCGACGACGACGGCAAAUGCGUCAUCCUGUGCCAGGGCUCCAAGAAGGACUUUUUCAAGAAAUUCCUCUACGAGCCUCUGCCCGUGGAGUCGCACCUGGACCACUGCCUCCACGACCACUUCAACGCCGAGGUGGUGACCAAAACCAUCGAGAACAAGCAGGACGCUGUGGACUACCUCACCUGGACAUUCCUGUACCGCCGCAUGACCCAGAACCCCAACUACUACAACCUGCAGGGUGUAUCCCACCGGCACCUGUCGGACCACCUGUCGGAGCUGGUGGAGAGCACCCUGGGUGACCUGGAGCACAGCAAGUGCAUCAGCCUGGAGGACGAGAUGGACGUAGCGCCGCUCAACCUGGGCAUGAUCGCAGCCUACUACUACAUCAACUACACCACCAUCGAGCUGUUCAGCAUGUCUCUAAAUGCGAAGACGAAGAUCCGCGGCCUCAUCGACAUCGUCUCCAACGCGUCCGAGUACGCGGCCAUUCCCAUCCGCCACCACGAGGACGUCCUGCUGCGUCAGCUGGCGCAGAAGGUGCCGAACAAGCUGACGAACCCCAAGUUUAACGACCCCCAUGCCAAGGCGAACCUCCUACUGCAAGCGCACCUCUCACGCAUGCAACUCAACGCGGAGCUACAGUCAGACACUGAGGACAUCCUCACACAGGCUAUCCGCCUGAUCCAGGCAUGCGUGGAUGUGCUGUCGAGCAAUGGCUGGCUCAGCCCGGCACUGGCCGCGAUGGAGCUGGCGCAGAUGUGCACGCAGGCCAUGUGGUCCAAGGACUCAUACCUCAAGCAGCUGCCACACUUCACAGCCGACCAUGUCAAGCGCUGCACCGAGCAGGGAGUGGAGAGCGUCUUCGACGUGCUGGAGAUGGAGGACGCCGCGCGCUCCGCGCUGCUGCAGCUGGAUGAUUCGAAGAUGGCUGACGUGGCACGCUUCUGUAACCGCUACCCGAACAUCGAGCUCUCCUACGAGCUCAGCGACAAGGACAACGUGCACAGUGGCUCGGCCGUGGUGGUCAUGGUGCAGCUGGAGCGGGAGGACGAGGUGACGGGGCCCGUCAUCGCGCCAUUCUUCCCACAGAAGAGGGAGGAGGGCUGGUGGGUUGUCAUCGGCGACCCUAAGACCAACAGCCUCAUCUCAAUUAAGAGGCUCACGCUGCAGCAAAAAGCCAAGGUGAAGCUGGACUUUGUGGCGCCAGCCCCCGGGACGCACCACUACACGCUCUACUUCAUGAGCGAUGCCUACAUGGGCUGCGACCAGGAGUACCGGUUCAGCGUGGAGGUGCAGGAGGCGGUGGAGAGCGACCGCGGUGCCAGCGACUCGGAGUGACGGCUCUCGCGUGCAGAGACAGAGCUGACACAUACACACACACAAACAGACGUGCCCACACACACAGACGUGCACACAGUUAAUACACGACUUGGAAUGAAGGCGCUCGCAUGCUCGUGCAGUGAACACGGUUUACACAAACAGUUAACUCACAUCGUACACGCACACAGUUAAUAUUAACGCGCGCACAUACACGCAGGGAACAGGCAUUUAACAUAGACACGUGCACCGUUAGGGAUCACGGGAAUUGGUGAGCACACACUGAACAUUCGGCGCACACCCAACACACACCCCACGCCCUGGCGCCACCUAUCCUGGCACGGAGCCACGGGACUUGCGAGUCCCCCUUGCUCCUAGCAGUAACUCCUCCAUUAGGACUGACGCUCGACGUAUAAAUUCCAAAUGCGGGGGGCAGAGUGGGGGAACAGAACUUCCGCUGUGACCCAUCCGUGACCCCUCUGAGACCCCUGUGUAACCCCCCUGAUUUUAUUACGAUUCUAAUAAAUGUCAUAUGACAUACCUGGA